AUGGCUGCGACGAUUGAUCGCCCUCUCUUCGAACCGAUCGCGGGCGGGCCUGCGACUGAUGCAGCUUCGAUAACACCUCCUCACAGCAUCAACGGCAAGAAGGAUGGCCCGGAUGGCGCGCCUUCUGAACUUUCCGAUCUCGAACUCGAUUCUAAACCUACCGAUGCCCAGGAAGAUAUAUCUGUAGAAGAAGGAGAUCAGGAGAUCGAGCCGGAUCAUUAUUAUGGAGGCGGAAAAAUCCCCGUCUUCAAGCCGUUUCGCGAUUUCCAGUCUUUUAUCAAGAGGAUUGAUAAAUAUGGGAUGCGCUCAGGCGUUGUCAAGGUCAUCCCGCCCAAAGAAUGGAGAGAUGCCCUUCCGCCCCUUGACGAAGCAGUGAAAAAAAUUCGCGUGAAGAACCCGAUUAUGCAGGAAUUUCACGGCUCUCAUGGAACGUAUACCCAGGCCAAUAUUGAGAAACAACGAUCCUACAACUUGCCUCAAUGGAAAGCUCUUUGUGAAGACGGCAGCCAUCAGCCACCUGCCCGUCGGGGAGAAAGGAGAAGAAACCAAGAACGUGUUACCCGUGCGCCGUCAGCUCCCAAAGCUCAGACAACCCGAGCCGAUACCCCCAAGCGAGGACCUGGACGUCCGGCGAAACGGUCGAACCAGGCCAAGGUCAAGGAGGAGCCUGUCAAAAUCAAGGAAGAACCCGCCGCGGACGAAGUAAUGGAGAAAAUCAAGCCUGAGGGUCCGCCCACGCCGGUUUCGCCGGAAUCAAUCCCUGCCGAGACAAAGUCAGAGGCACUCAGUGAUGGAGAGUCUUUGAGUGCGCCGAAGUCUAGAGGACGACAGCCCAAGUCAGUCACUGCGCGAAGAAAGCAGAACAAGGGUGACACAGUAGAGCACGUUGACGAAGAAGCGUACAAGAAUUUCGAUUACCGUAUUCAUGACAACGAGGACUAUACACCUGAACGAUGCGAGGAACUGGAAACCGCUUACUGGAAGUCCCUCAUGUUCAACAACCCAAUGUACGGUGCAGAUAUGCCGGGUUCUCUCUUCGAUGACCGUAUUACGUCUUGGAAUGUCGCCAAGUUGCCAAAUCUCCUCGACGUUAUUGGUCAGAAGGUUCCUGGUGUCAACACUGCAUACUUAUACCUCGGUAUGUGGAAGGCUACAUUCGCGUGGCAUUUGGAGGAUGUGGAUUUGUAUAGUAUCAACUAUAUCCACUUUGGCGCCCCGAAACAGUGGUAUAGUAUAUCCCAGGAAGAUGCGCCUCGUUUCGAACAGGCAAUGAAGAGUAUCUGGCCUAGUGAUGCAAAAACUUGUGACCAGUUCCUUCGUCAUAAGACUUAUCUUGUUUCACCCAGUCUUCUCAAGUCCCAAUACGGCAUUACGGUCAACAAAAUGGUACAUUAUGAGGGCGAGUUUGUUAUUACAUACCCCUACGGAUAUCAUUCAGGAUACAAUCUUGGGUACAACUGUGCCGAGUCCGUCAACUUUGCGACGGAGAAGUGGCUUGAUUACGGUCGGGUGGCUAAGAAAUGCAACUGCGAGGCCGAUAGUGUCUGGAUUGACGUGGAAGAGAUCGAGCGUAAACUUCGCGGCGAAUUAACUCCCGAGUAUUACGGUGAAUACGACAGUGAUCUAGACGGUUAUGAGGCUGCUUCUGAUCUUCUCACCCCUCCGCGCAGCGUACCAGAGAAGACGUCCAACCGUGGUCGUAAGCGCAAGCAUGAUGGAGACAUGAACAAGGCCAAACGCAUGAGGGCUGAUAUGGGCAUCCCAAGACGAUUACCUUGUCUCCUGUGCCCUAACGAUCUGGACUACGAAGAUCUGCUGCCAACUGAGGACGGAAAAUCGCACGCUCAUCGCCGGUGUGCUCUGUACACUGAAGAAACCAGCAUUCUGCGCGAUGGAUCCGGCAAAGAGGUUGUUUGCGAUAUAGACAAAAUCCCGAAGGCUCGGAUGGGGCUCAAGUGCCUUUAUUGUCGCGAGGUGCGCGGGGCUUGUUUCCAGUGCAAUUUCGGCAAGUGUACGCGAUCUUAUCACGCAACCUGCGCCCUUCUAGCUGGAGUACAGGUAGAAGAGGGCUUGGUUACAGUUGUUGCAGACGACGGGAGUCAAUACUCUGUUCCCAGCGUUGAUUUGAAGUGCAAAUACCACCGCCAGAAGAAACCGACUUGGAUGACCAGCAGCGAGUCUCCGGAAAAUGAUCGCAAGUUGAUGGACACUGCUCGGCGUCUCGUUACCGGCGACAUUUUGCAGUUCCAGGCCGACAAGGAGAUUUAUGGAGCGGUCGUUAUCGAGAAUCGUGUUGCGGAACGCACGUUGCAGGUCAAAGUGCUCCCACGAGGGGACGUAAUCGAGUUACCAUACCGCUGGAUGCUGGUUGUACGUAGGAGCAACUUUGCUCCCUUGGCAGCAGGCAUCAAGCCACUUCCCGCGCAUCUCUCCCGGAAGCCCGAAGGUCGGAGGGAAUUGGAAUCUGCACUGCCGGUGGCAGGAAAUCCGUUUGGCGACGGGCGAUCUCCGUAUCAGUGGGCCGAGUUUGAGACGGUAGACAGCACUAACCGUCCUGCAGCCCCACCAGCGGUGCAGGUCGACUUGGGCAAGAUGGAACAGAUCUGGUAUUAUUUGGGCCAGUCAUCGACCGAGUGUAGGGCUCAAUAUACACACAACCCUAGCGUUCCCAUCCACAACCCGCGGUCGAAUUUCCUAGACAGCGUCAAGUCCCUUGGCGCCGUGAUGGCCCGACUCCCCUCUUACCCCCACCACCGUCUGCCUUCCUAUGUUUUGACUACCCCUCCUCCUCACCUCCUUUCUUCUGCCGCCGCAACCACCACCGCCUCCGCUGUCGCUGCUGCUGCUGCCUCCCGCCCUUUGCUGCCGCCGCGCCCUCCUUUUGCCCCUCCUCGCUCUUCUCCCGCCGCUCCGACUUCUGCUGCUGUUGCUGCUUCUGCGAUGCCGUCAGCCUAUCGCUCUUUGCCAAAUCAAAUAGCCCGUCAUGCUCCGUAUCCCCAAGUCACCAAAGCCCAUCUUCAAUCCCAGCAGCAACACAGUCAUCAGCAGCAGCAGCAGAACACGAACGGCUCCCACUCGACCGCUAACAGUCACCUCCCCGCCAACAAUUUUGCCAAUGUCCGUGAGCUUAUCGCCCGCCGUCGUCUAGCCCAGAUAACCGACCAUGCCAACGUUUUCGCCGGGUACACAAUUGUCGGCCCGGAGUUGGUCGUAGAGACUCUCUUGGGUCCCAUGGGUUCUGUGCCGCCGUCCAAUGGCCUUGAAAAACUGGAGCUCGCUAUGGCUCAACAACGUGUCCAGCCUCGUGCGCCCGACGGAACACUUUUGCCGAUGCAGCCUCUGAAUAUGCGCUCUGAAGAAGUCACGCGGCUAUUGCAAAUGCUCCGAUUUUCGCUUAUCAGCCACCGCGACCGGUUGGACGUGCUUCAGAAGAAAGAGACAGAGACCGCGAAACAGGAGGCGGCAAACAAGGUCAAAGGGGCUACCCCAAAGCUGCCUCGAAAAUAUGCGUAUCUUGAAUUACAGCGUGAGCAGGCUCCCACCGUGUAUCAGUCCCCUUACGAUAUGCCCUCUGGAUUCACCGAGUACGCCCGCACGACGUUUGGUCUCACCCGUCACGAGCCAGAGUUGCCUAAGCCUUCGCUAGCGAACGACUACUUUGCCAGUCUCUCUCCUGAGAACCAGGAGAAGAUCCUCAAGACAUGUGGUAGUUUCGUGCAACGUGCCAUAGAAAGAUCAGCCCCUCAUAGCCGUCAAAGCUCGUCCUCCAACUUCCGACUCGCCUCAGCGUUGGCCCAACAGACUGAGAACCCUACUAUCGAUAUUACAACUGUUGAGAACAUGCCUCUGUCGGGUCUCGACUUCCCGUUACGGGCGGACUCACCAUGCUCAAACUUCAGCCGGUCGCAUCUGCGUUUCCAUUCACCGAAUGACUUUAGCCACCACGGAACUGAAGUCCACCAUGACCACCAUGACCUGUUUGGCGACCAACAAGCCAACACUCGGUUCUGGCAGCAUGGGCCGUGGGCCGCCGGUGAUGGAAAUACUCCAAAUGAGGAGAAUCGACCGUUCUUCGGCCCUCAUGAACGGUUGAAACAUGACUAUGCUUCGUCUGACAUCUCCCUUGGCCGUGGCGGGCCCGGGUCGUUGCACUCCGUCGAUAUGGCUGGCUUUGGCCUGGACAACCCCGACGAUCUCUGUGCCGCUCUUAGCCCUUGA